GCCCAUUCGGAGGUGGCGCCGACCUCCGUUUAUACCUAUCUCGCCAAACGCGCGUUUAGUGCUGUCGUCCUUUUUGGCCUUUCUAGCGACUCGUUUCUAAAUACCACUGACACGAACGAAUCGCUGUUUUGACCUGGCAGCAACUUUGCAGUUAUUCAUCACCCGCUUGUCGUUAUGAAGCCUCCAUCCCGUCGCCGGAUCACACCAUCUCGUUUCUUAGAAUUAAAGAGGACUGAACCAGUAAGCAGGUUUCGUCCUGGGUGCCAUCGAAUGGAGCAGAGGAGCCUCCUACGCGCCCUGAAACAACAGAACAGGUUAAAUUCAGAAUUAGAUUUUUUGGCACUUCGAAAGAAAGUUCCCAAAUGGUCUCUGCUUCAGAUACAGAACAUGAUAAAGUUUUUAAGGAAGUGUGUGGUGCAGCGGGUGUAUCUGCAGGUCAAAAAACAGAGAUGUGAGGAACAAAAAUCCAAAGUACCAACAGAACUAUGGGCAGAACUAGCACAGAAAAUGGCUGGUGUCCAUGAGGAAACAAUAUCUUCUGCCUUCUCUCAAAUGCUGGUAAUUGCUUCCACAGAGCCCUGCAGCCUCCGCUUCUCCGAUCCUCCACGCACCACUGACACUCAAAGUCCUCUAGCCAGCGGCUUGCGCACUAUACCCCUGAGACCAAUGCCUAAAUCCCACGCUGGCUCACCUCCUCCGGUGAUAAUUCUGUCUGGACGAGCAUGUAAAACCCCUGAGUCACAUGGGAAGGAUCCAACUUCCAACCCCUCUGCCCAAAGCACCACUGUAACAUCUCCCUCUUUCACUGCUGAAGAGGAGCAUAGUGAGUUACAGCAAAAAACUGAGGCAGACAAAGACCCUGCCAUGCCAACCACAUCAACCACCCCUAAAUCACUCCUCAGUCAACCUAUCUCAAAGCCAACAGCACCAGUGUCUGAUUCAAGUGCUGUUUCUAUUUCUGCACCCUCGCUCCAACCAGACACUGAUCAGCCAGAUAAACAACCCGAAAGUGGACAGUCUGAGCAAGCCUGGCAAUAUAGACCAAUGGGGAUGAAGAAUGUAGUGGAUUUUGAAAAGAUAUACCAAUUUAUGAGCAACAUCAUUCUCAAAAAACAUGCACAGCCUCUUACUGCUAUGGAAAGUGCAGUGCUUUUGGACCUGUUGAUGUCUUUGCCUGAAGAGCUCCCCUUGCUGGACUGUAAGGAACUGCAGCAUCAUCUGCUUCAAGUUCACGCCCGUCUGAACACACCUGCAGUGAGUCUGAGCACAGAUCAGGGACCUGCAGUUGCUAAUUCAGCUUCAAUUAGAGUAACAGAUCAGCAAACCUCCAGAGCUGAUCCGCAUGCUAAAGGACCUGAUGUUUCUUUACAAACACAGAGUGUACACUCUACAGGGGAAGAGAGUGUUCAAACGGGAGCAGUAACUGAGCAAGUGAAUGUUACAGAAUCACCAUUAGCUGCUGACGAUUUAGCAGGAAAGUCAUCUCCAAUAAAGCUGUCAAAAGAGAAGGGUGAUUGGACCACUGCUGGCCUGUGUCCACUAAACCCAUUCAUGGUGCCGGUAGCCCUGCUGAAACGGCAUUAACCCAGGGAGAGUGUAAUAGCAACUGGUUUAUUUCAGAACCGUUGCUGUUUUUAAAAUUAUUAUAUUUCAUUUAGGAAACAACAUACAACCUGCUUUGUUUCAAAGUGCAUCGCAUGUGAUGACAUUAGUGAAGUAACCUUAAAUGAUUUUAUUGAAGCUCGUUAGUACUAAUUAGGCCUUUAGUAUACAUUGCACUGAAAACCUUUUAUAUGUUUCUAAUGUAGUAGUGAAGUGGGAGUACAUGAGAAGACAUUUAAUUUAUAAAUGUGUGAUGGGUGUGCUAUUUGAAUUUUUUUGUCUGUUUAGUUACUAAAGAACAC